AAUCGAGCCGAACAGAUGAGGCCUUCCCCGUCAUGAUGCACCACUUCUCGUCAUCCUCCUUUCCUCACCAAACCCUAACCCUAACCCUAGUCCUUAAAAGGAGAGACGAUUUUCCCCAGAUUUUUUUUUUCCCACAAGGGGGCUAAAUAUUUGCCACCAAUCGUUCAUGUCGAUUCCAUUCACACUUGCGGAUUUUGCCCCUCUUUUUUGCCGAUUUCUUUAGCAAUUCUCUAGGGUUAAAAAUUGCUCCUUUUUGGUUUUUCAUUUUCCGCCGCUAUAUAAGAUAGCGUGGAGUGUGUGGUCUUUCGUCUUCAUCUUCCGAUCCGGCGAUGGGAUCGCCAUUCCUCCUCCAACCCUCUCGCUCGCUGACGGCAGAAGCUAUGGCGGCUGCCGGCCAGUCCCAGGAUGACCUGAAGCGCAUCGCCGCCCUCCGCGCCGUGGAGCUGGUGCGGUCCGGCAUGGUCCUUGGCCUCGGCACCGGCUCCACCGCCGCCCACGCCCUCGACCGCAUAGGCGACCUCCUGCGCGGCGGCGACCUCCGUGACAUCGUCGGCAUCCCCACUUCCGAAUGGGCCGCCGCCCGCGCUGCGGCCGCCGGCAUCCCCCUCACCGAUCUCGCCGCGCACCCGGUGGUCGACCUGUCCAUCGACGGCGCGGACGAGGUCGACCCGGCGCUCAACCUUGUGAAGGGCCGCGGCGGCUCCCUCCUCCGGGAGAAGAUGGUGGAGGGCGCCAGCCGCCGCUUCGUCGUCAUCGUCGACGACUCCAAGCUCGUUCCGCGCCUCGGAGGCAGCGGCCUCGCCAUCCCCGUUGAGGUCAUCCCCUUCGGCUGGGCCCUCACUCUCCGCCGACUACAGAACCUCUUCGACGGCACGCCCGGCUUCAACCUCAAGCUCCGUACGGCUUCAAUCAACGCCAAAGCUAGCGCCUUUACCGAAAAAGAAUCCGAAAUUGAGCCAUUUGUGACGGAUAACAAGAACUACAUCGUGGACCUGUUCUUCGAGGAUGGAAUCCACGGAGAUCUACAGGCCAUCAGCGAUGACCUCCUGAGGAUCACCGGCGUGGUCGAGCACGGAAUGUUCCUCGGAUUGGCGACGUCCGUGAUCGUAGCCAGGAAGGAUGGGGUGGUGUUGAUGGACAAAGAGGCGAAGUCAAAUGGUUUCUGAGAGGCAUGUGAUCGAGUUCAAAGCUAAAUUAUGUGUUGUUUCAAACAUCAUAAAGAAACCAGUUUUGACAGUAUGGAAACAUCAACUGUCUCCAUUAAGCUUCGACUGCUAAUUCAGUGAUGGAUAAACAAUCAAGUUUCAGUAGAUUUAUUUUGGAUUACAGCCUUACAGAUCUCUGUCUUGAACUGUCUUUUCUUAGUUUUCUAAGUUGUGUAUCAAGUUUCAGAGAUUGAAAUGCAGUAGAUAGCUAUCA